CUGGAAAACUAGAAAAACAGAACCUACGGUUCCACUGGUCACCAUGAAUCGGGGAAAAAUCACGUUUGGUAAAAUUAAUCUAAAGUCUUCCACCGUGCCGUCCGACAAUGAUUCGAAGCCUUCCACUUCUGCAACUGAAACAUCGACGGAUGGUUUCGGAUCGUUUGGCCGAAUCGCAGUCCUCCCAACGCAAGCCGAUGCGGUCGAGAAAAUAGCAGAAGAGCUGGAUAACAGCAAACUGCAAGAGGUGAUGGGCAUCACAGGAUUUGGCCGGAAACAGGCACAGAAAUUCGACAUCAACGAAAUGAUUCAGCGUGCCAAACAGAGUUCACGGAAGGCUCCGAUCGAUCGACACAGUGUCAUCAACAAGCCGGCGGACAGUGACGGUGAAGGCGACGCUGACGACAACGAGGAUGUGAUCGGUCCCUUACCUUCGUCCGGCGAGGGAAGUACUAAGGGAACUGAACCCGAUGCAGAGCGAGAUGAGGAAGAUGACGACGAGGAGGACGAUGACGAGUACGAUGAAGAUGCACCGAUCAAUAAACUGCCACACUCGCACGAAGUGGAAAUGCGCCACGGCAGCAAGGCCAUCAUUGCGCUCGCCAGCGAUCCGUCCGGCGUGCGGCUGGCUUCCGGCUCGAUGGAUUACAACGUGAACUUUUGGGACUUUUCCGGCAUGGAUAAAUCGAUGAAAAGCUUCCGCUCGCUGCAACCGUGUGAAAAUCAUCCAAUCCGCGCGCUGCAUUAUUCCUUUUCUGGCGAUAUGAUGCUCGUCGUUUCGGGCAGCUCCCAAGCGAAGGUGCUCGAUCGCGACGGGUUCGAGAAGAUGGAGUGCGUCAAAGGGGAUCAGUACAUUGCAGACAUGUCCAAAACAAAGGGACACAUCGCCGGCUUGACGGCCGGUUGUUGGAGUCCAGUGAAGCGCGAAGAGUUCCUCACCAGUGCCCACGACUCCACGCUACGGACGUGGGUUUUUGCGAAGACUAAAGAACAACGGGCGGUCAUUAAAACCCGUGCGCAGGGUGGUCUGAAGACAAUUCCCACAAGCUGCACGUACAACCGCGAGGGCACAUUGAUAGCGGCCGGUUGCAGCGAUGGUUCCCUGCAAACAUGGGACACACGCAAGAUGUUCGUCAACACUACACACUGCAUACGGGAGGCACAUGUCAAGGGGAGCGAAAUUUCGUCGGUCCUAUUUUCGUACUCCGGCUUUCAGCUUGCCUCACGUUCGAUGGACGAGACACUCAAGCUGUGGGACAUGCGAGCGUUUCGAAAGCCCUUGCACGUCUUCGACGGAUUGUACAGCCGUUACGAUACGACCGAUUGUUGCUACAGUCCGGACGACACGAUGAUACUGACAGGAGAAUCGCUCCCAAAAGGCGCCCAGCAGGCGCACCUUUACGUGUACGACACAAAAACCUUCGCUCAGGUAGCCAAACUCCCGAUCGCGGAUUCCCAUGUCAUCCGCACGCUGUGGCACCCGAAAUUGAAUCAAAUUUUCAUCGGCUGCGGGAACGGCGUGAUCCGUGGGCUGUACGACGAAAAACGAAGCAUGCGCGGAGCGAAACUGUGCGUCGUAAGGACACACCGCAGGAAGAAGGAUUCUGAGAUCGUUGGGACGACUCAAAUCAUUACACCCCACGCGCUGCCAAUGUUUCGCCAAGAAAAGGUGCGCUCGGUGCGCAAAAAGCUCGAGAAGGAUCGUCUGGAUCCGGUUAAAUCCAAGCGUCCAGAUCUGCCAAUCACCAGUGGACAGGGUGGUCGAGUGGCUAGCUCGGGUGGAACACUGUCAUCGUACGUUAUCCGGAACCUGGGCCUGAGCAAGCGCGUCGAAGAUGACCAGGAUCCGCGCGAGGCCAUUCUGAAGUAUGCGAAAGAAGCGGCCGAAAAUCCUUACUGGAUUGCCCCGGCAUACGCGAAAACACAACCCAAACCAAUAUUCAACAACGAAGACGAACCGGAGGCAAAGAAACCGAAAGCAGAGUAACAUUAAGUAAUCAUGAACGUUUGCUGGAACGGUUUGGUGGGAUUGUCCUGAAACCUAGCCGUGCCGGACACCUGAACGAGAAACGUCGGUUGCGUCGACACGGAUUCGUCCACGAUCGGUUGUGCAUCGAGUGUUGAUACCGUGUGCUCCGAACGCGGCAGUUCCUGGAAAAAUUUCUCAAUUCGUUCCUUGCCACUGGAACCGUUUCCGUUCCACACCAAUAUUCCGUUGUCCAUGUAAAGUCGCGCCAUUUGCUAGAAUAGAACAGUUAAUCAUGUUUUUUGUCUCAAAUGCUAAUAAAAUAAACUCACAUGACGCUUUUU